AUAGCAUGAUCCAUCGGCACUAGCAUAACCCGGCCCUGGUCAUUUGGGCCGCAAAGUGCAAAAUAGGUAAGCAUAUGAGGGUUACUCCCGGGGGUGCCAUGGUCAGGGAAAGCAGAUGUCGCCUGGUGCCAGGGCUGCAUGCCUGCCUCAAAGCGAGAUUGCACCUGUGGAGUCGAAAUUUUCUUUUUCCAUUUUCUCUCAUUCUUAUUAUUGUCAUUGUUAUUGACCUACCAUCGUCAGAGAGAAAGGAUCAUCCAGGUUCGAGAGCAUGUGCUGCAAAAUCCAAGGUUGUUCAACAGGCUGCCCCUUGGGCGCCUAUCGGUUGAUCCCACAAUUAUCAUUGGCGCACGAGUGACCAACAUCGGUACAACUUGGACCACCAUCUGCAGUAGAGGAGCGUGAGUCCCUUCUUGGAUCCACCGUGCGCCAAGGC